CCGGGGAGGCCUGAGAGCAGCCCCGAAGGGGGAUGCUCAGUGGUCCCUCUCUCCAAUGCCCUCUGGUCUCCCUUGCCCUGCUCUUGACCGCCGGGGCGCGCGCCGCGUUGCCACGGAAACGUCGGGCAGGCGCGGCGGCGCGCACGGCGCGCUCUUGCCUCCCGGUCGAAGUGGCGACGGCUCCCGUUCCCGCGCGCCCUGGCGCCCCGGAGCCGCGCUCGUUGGGCUCCCACCCCGGGUCCUCGGCGGGGUGCAAGGCAAGAUGUUGAGGCGCAACCUGGAAGACCGAGAUGCUCAGACCAAACAGCUGCAGGAUGCUGUCACAAACGUGGAGAAGCAUUUUGGAGAGCUUUGCCAAAUCUUUGCCGCUUAUGUACGGAAAACUGCCAGGCUGCGAGACAAAGCCGACCUCCUGGUGAAUGAAAUCAACCUGUAUGCCUCUACCGAGACCCCCAAUUUAAAGCAGGGUCUGAAAAACUUUGCCGAUGAGUUUGCCAAACUUCAAGAUUACCGCCAAGCCGAGGUUGAAAGGCUUGAAGCCAAAGUAGUUGAACCUUUGAAAGCUUAUGGAACAAUCGUAAAAAUGAAACGGGAUGAUCUCAAAGCAACAUUAACAGCCAGGAAUCGAGAAGCCAAGCAGUUAUCUCAGUUAGAAAGGACACGCCAGCGAAACCCAUCUGAUCGACAUGUAAUUUCGCAGGCCGAAACUGAAUUACAGAGAGCCACAAUUGAUGCUACCCGAACAAGUCGUCAUUUGGAGGAAACUAUUGACAAUUUUGAAAAGCAGAAAAUAAAGGACAUAAAGAACAUAUUUUCAGAGUUUAUCACAAUUGAAAUGUUAUUUCAUGGCAAAGCUUUGGAGGUCUUCACUGCUGCAUACCAAAACAUACAGAAGAUCGACGAGGAUGAGGAUCUGGAGGUUUUCCGAAAUUCUCUGUAUCUACCAGAUUAUCCAUCUCGUUUAGAUAUUGUAAGAGCAAAUUCAAAGUCACCUCUUCAGAGAUCAGUAUCAACUAAGUGCGCAUCUGGAACUGGACAGAUAACCACCUGUCGAACAAGAAAGGACCAACAAGUCGAAGAUGAAGAUGACGAAGAGUUAGAUGUGACAGAAGAUGAAAACUAAUCUUAGAAACUCACAUUUCUGUUUCAUGUUAAGUGGCGGAAUCUGGGAUCACAUCACACUGACAGGUUAAACUUCAAAUGAAAUACUGCUAUGAAAAGGGGGGUGGGAUUAAAGAAAAUUAUGCUCACAAAAAAAAAUGUUUCUUUAAUGUUACAUACCAGUCUUUUUCUUUUUUUGAAGGGGGGUGUUUUGUUUUUCAGAACAGUUUCUCUGUGUAUCCCGGCUGCCUGGAACUCGCAGAGCUCUGCCUGCCUCUGCCACCUGAGUGCUGGGAUUAAAGGUGUGCGCCACCACCGCCCAGCUCAUACCAGUCUUUCAACAUCCUAUCUACAGUAGCAUAUCUUUCUGUGUAUGUACUAUUAAAACUGGACCAUGUAUUUCACGGAUUUCAGAUGUAAUGCAGUUUGUGACCUAUUGAAGACGCGAAAGGGAGGCCGGUGACAGAGGUUGGACAGUUUCUUUUAGGUUCAAACUUGAGGUUUGAAAUAGAAAGAGGUCAGUUAAUAACUGUAUGCCAUAAUGCCUUAAGUAAAAAGAUUGUUUUAAUUACAACCUUGUUUCAUCAUUUGGUGUGUAAAUUUAGUGUUUUUAGUGAAAAUGUAGCUAAAUAAAGGUAUAAGACAUACCUUUAUAAAUGUACAUAACACUUAAAUUUCCAGCUAAAAAGGCCACAGUCAGCUGUAUUGGCUUUAAAAACAAACCUGCUCUCACUCUGAAGCCCUGUACAUUGUACAAGUCCCUGACACUUGGAAGGCAAGCGACCUGCUAGAAUCCUGCCUCCCUCAUCACAGCGUGCUGCAAACCUCUGAACGUGCUCUGCCUAGGCCACCGUAGUCAAUAAACAUGCACUUUAUUCCUAAAUCCAGAUUUUUGUUACAUCUGACAUUUCUUUUUCUUUAGAUAAACAAUUAUGAUUUUAUGAAUCUCAAAGCAAUUAUUCAAAACAGAAAAAUUUAGUGUUUCCUCCUGAGAAUACUUAUAAGAUUGCUUUGGUACUUUUUCUCAGACUACUUUUAAAGCUCUAGAUUGUUACUUGGUUUUUAUAUUCUUGGUCAGUAUUCAGAGCUGAUGUUAGAGCGGAGAGGGAAGACAGCUAUGGUGUUCCUGUACGCUCAGUAGAUAGGGACUGCUACAGGCAGCUACUGCCCCAUCGCCAAGUCAGCGCCUAACACAGAAACAGCUGUGCUUUGACAGCUGUGCUUUCAGAAACUGCCCCGCACACGUGGGGUGCAAGCCUGUUAGUCAGCUAUUUAGAAGGCAGUGGCAGGAGGAUCAGCUGUUUACACUCAUCCUUGGCUUCCGCUGAGUUCAGGACCAGCAUGGGCUACAUGAGACCAAAAAAAAAAAAAAAGGUGGUGGUAGUGGUGCGCACCUUUAAUCCCAGCACUAUUCUGGAGGCAGAGACAGGUGAAUCUCUGUGAGUUCAAGGCCAGCCUGAUCUACAGAGUGAGUUCCAGAAUAGUCAGGGCUGUUACACAGAGAAACCCCAUCUCAAAAACACAACAACAAAAAAUUAUAAACAAACAUGUAUAUAAAAACAAAAGGAAUAUUAGACCAAAUUUUACUUUUUGUGGGCAACCAUGUACUUAGGAUCUAAGUACACUUAAGAACAUGGAAACUGGGCUGGGAGUCAGCACUAGCCUAGCAUGCAUGACGAGGCCAACAACAAAAGCUCAACGUGUUAAAUAGCCCAUAAUUUGGCAUCUCUAGUGAAAAUUAAGAUUCAGUGGCAAGGCUUAGUAGUAAUAAUAGAUGAAAAUUCACUGCUUCUUAGCAGCAUCCUCAGCUGCUUGGUAGAUGAACACUUCUGGGAUUGUUUUUCAUAUCUUGUAGUUUCCUCUCUGGACAUGUUUUACUAUUUUAUAUACAUUCUGAACAGAAAAAAGUAUGACUUGAAUGCAAAAAGACACUGGCUAUCAUGUUAAGAGAGCCAGUACACUCCCAGUGUACCUACUGUUGAGAAAUAGAAAACCGGCCAUGGACUUACUGAAGCUGGGUGAUCCGCACAUGAAGCUGUAGGACCAUUCUGUCACAUGUCUGAAGCUGCGUGUACAGUUCCUUAGGCUCAGCAAACGAGAAACACUGAUUUGGUAUAAAUAUUAGCUACUACCAUGGCCAACUGAAGUUAAAUCAACAUGUUACUCAAAGCAGUGUUAGAAACAAGUUUUCAAUAAUAAACUUUUAUAAUGAAGUUUACAAAAUACUAAACUUGGGGCUGAGCUAGGUGUUUGCUGCACAACCACAAAGCCCGAAAGCACCGAGGAACAAAUCCAGGAAGAUCCAGGGAUUGUUGGCCAGUCAAUCCAGCAAGUUUUCAGCGAGAGACCCUGCCUCACAGAAGAGUGGAAAAGUGCUUCAAUAAGACACCAUCCAACUCUAGCCUGCAUACAAGCACACCAAUGGAUGUAGAUUGAGCCUGAUGACUGAGAACAAACAGCCAGUAUUUAGUUUGAAUCAAUGGUUGGGAAUGAAGGUGGCGCAGUGGUUAGGAGCACACGUCUCUACUCCACAGACACAUGGCACACAUGCAUGCAAAGCAGCACUCACACAUACAACAUAAAUUAACAAAAAUCAAGACAGUGUAGUGUUUCCCAGCUUGUCUCUCAUCCACCAUGCCCUUCCCACCACAGUCCAGUUUGCAAUGCGACUGCAUAUUCAAUGGCCUUUCAUCUUCAGCUUUAUCUUAGUUGUAUCUCCAUGUACUGAUCUGGAAAGUGUAUUUACAGUCUGACAGAUCUGAUCAAAUAAACCAGCUAUGUAAUCACUGUGCUUGGCUUAGGUAUUCGAGUUUUAGGACUCAGAAUGUGCUUUUUUAACAUAAUUUAUCAAUUCUAUUUAAUUAUUAACUAUUAAAAACAAAAACUUAGGCAGGCUUCUCUUAGAUUUCUUUAUAUCACCAAAUGUUAUUCAAGAUACUGAAAGUAUUCUACUUCUGUAGUAGCUAAAUAAUACACCAUAUUUUAAAAAAAGAUUUAUUCACAAUUACUCUGUGGGAAAUGUCUGGAUGAAGGAAGUAGGUAAAACUUUGUUUCAUAUUAAAUUAUA